GUGUUACCGAGGAAACCAGCGGAGCCCGGGCCAGCGGCGAUUGGCAGGACUUUAAAUGCCUUGGAUACAGGAAUUAGAAUAUACAAAGAGGGAUAAAGCUGCCAGAGUCAUUCAGAAGGCCUGGAAAAGUUUCCUUAAUGUCGCUAUAUUCCAACACUUUAAAAGUCUGAUUAAUAUAAGAAGACAAGGGGAGCCACGUCAGAUAGUGAGAUAUAUUAACCCUAAAGAGGCAGAGCUUCUAGAUGCUGCAGCUGGUGUUCAUGUAAGAUUCAGAUUUGGUGGUGUUAAAUUUCCACCUGAAAUAUACUAUAAAAUUUUCACUCAGAGACAUGUUGAGGAUCUGUGUGCUAAUAGCCCUAGAGAUUACACAAAACUUUCAGCAAAAUAUGCAUCUUAUAUUAAAAGUGAUAAUCUUCAAGAAGAGGAUCAUAGUGGCUGGUAUCGUCGUAUAGAGAACAAUGGCUGGAGGCCUGUUUCUGAUAGGUUUUGGAUAUCUACUGAAGAUGUAAUGGUGGGAGACGAAAAGGAAAGUACAUUCCAUUUCUCUAAACUGAAGAGAAGGCAAGAUAUGGAAAAGAAAAGAAAAAUUAAAAAAAUAAAAUGGAUGAGGCAAAUGUACUACUCAGGAAACCUGGAGGCUAAGUCAACAGAUAGUACAACUAUAGGUUUAAUUCACACAGCAACAAAAGGGCUAAUAAAAGCUAUCGAAGAUGGUGGAGUAGAUUCUGUGAUGGAAUGGGAAGUGGAUGAAGUGCUGAACUGGACAAAUACACUGAACUUUGAAGAGUAAAUACAUGUUGCUAUUCUUGGGGAGCAAGGGCAAGCAUCAUUUAUUUUUCUUUCUAAUAUUUCCCACUCGCAUGAUGAAUCUAGGGGCCACAAACAUAA